GAGCCAGUGGAAGGGAUUGAGCAAAGUUGCACUCUGCCAGGAUGGAGCUGGCAUUUCAACAGCGGCAACAGGAUCUCUAAUUCCCCUUCUUCUAUAUUAUUACCAAAUAUUAAUUUUCCAUUUUCCAAUUUUAAUUUUAAUUUUUGUUUUGGUUACCAUAUAUAUAAGUAUUUAUGCUUUGUGUCAUUUACACAAUUAAUGCCUCCAUUAUUCCACCACACAUAUACUUACAACGUUAAGGCAGCCCUCGCUCUCUGCUGGCUGCUUCUUCUUCCUUUUUUUUUUCUCUGCAAGUCUGCUACUUUUUGGCCACUCCUGCUGCACAGAGACAGAGCUUUUACUCAUGAAGAUGCUAGCGGUGUUUCUCUUGCUGCUGGCCGUGAGUAAUGCCGUCAAACUUAACGGAGAAGACGAUGAGACACCGUGCGAUUCUAAACUGACAUUAAAGCAAAGGCCACACAGUGUAUCCAUCUCGGAAUUUGGCGCUGUCGGAGAUGGCAAAACAUUGAACACUCAUGCCUUCCAGAAUGCCAUCUUCUACCUCAAGUCUUUCGCCGAUAAGGGCGGUGCUCAGCUCUAUGUGCCACCGGGGAGGUGGCUUACCGGAAGCUUCAACCUCACCAGCCACCUCACGCUGUUUUUGGAAAAGGGUGCUGUCAUUCUUGGAUCUCAGGAUCCGUCUCAUUGGGAGAUUGUUGAGCCUCUACCCUCGUAUGGUCGAGGGAUUGAACUCCCCGGGAGGAGAUAUGGUAGUUUGAUAAAUGGAUAUAUGUUACAAGAUGUGAUCAUAACUGGUGAUAAUGGAACCAUCGAUGGCCAGGGAUCGGUUUGGUGGGAUUGGUUUAGCUCCCAAUCUCUGAACUACAGCCGCCCGCAUCUUGUGGAAUUCGUUAUGUCUAAAUACGUGGUGGUUUCGAACCUCACAUUCGUGAAUGCUCCCGCUUACAACAUCCAUCCUGUCUAUUGCAGUAAUGUGCAUGUUCACAACAUCUCUGUGUCUGCUCCUCCAGACUCCCCUCUUACUGUCGGCAUAGUCCCAGAUUCUUGUGAUAUUGUGUGCAUAGAAGAUUGCAGCAUUGGCAUGGGGUAUGAUGCCAUUGCCCUCAAGAGUGGUUGGGACGAGUACGGGAUUGCCUAUGGAAGACCGACCACAAAUGUACACAUCCGGCGUGUCACCUUACAAUCAGCUACUGGUUCUUCUCUUGCCUUUGGUAGUGAGAUGUCCGGUGGCAUUUCUAACGUACUUGUUGAGAAGGUCCGCCUCAACAACUCAUUUAGCGGCAUUCAGUUUCGAACAACAAAGGGUAGAGGCGGUUACAUCAAAGACGUCAUCAUAUCAGAUGUCGAAAUGGAAAACGUCUACAUGGCAUUUGGUGCCUCUGGCCAGUUUGGUUCCCACCCUGACGACAAAUAUGAUCCUAAUGCUCUCCCAGUUUUGGAUCAUAUCACAUUGCAAGAUGUGGUUGGCACAAACAUCACAAUUGCCGGAUGCUUCACUGGGAUCAAAGAAUCGCCAUUCACUUCUUUCUUUCUAUCCAACAUCUCAUUGUCAUUGAAUUCUGGAUCUCCCACCACUUGGGAUUGUUCAUAUGUUUCCGGCUCUUCUGAGUCUGUCUUCCCAGAACCAUGUUCCGACCUCAAUACCUCGUAUUCAAAUCCUUCAUCCGCCCGCUUUUCGCUACUCACCUUGAAUGGAAAAGCCGCGGUCUUAUAAUACCAGUUCCUCCAAAACCCAGUUAUACAAAACGGCCAAAAUCUAGAGUGAGGGAAAGAACUAAAGAUUUUCCACCAUAAAAAUUAGACCACAUUCUUUUCAAUAAGACACAUAUGUUCAGAUUAUUUGUUUCUUCUUCUUCUUCAUCCUGUAGAUUUGCAGUCCCGCAUGCUCUUCUUCCAUAUCCCGCACAUUAUUUGUACAGCUUCAUUUCUUCAUUCAUGUGUAAGCAAAUUUUUGGUAGCGAUGAUGUAAGACAACUUGGGUUAUUGUUCGUA